GCACUUUUAUUCUCCAUUUUUUUUCUCUUCAUUUUCAUUCAAACAAUGAAUCUCAUUCCCAACCUCUUCUUCCUUCGCUACCAAACCUCUCCCUAGCACUCCUUUCUUUCAUUAUCCUUCCAAAUUUUAAUCAUAAACAUAAACAAAAAGAGGGAGAUGAAGUUCUUCUUUGAAUUUGUUUCUUGUUGUGGCUCUCCCACGAAACGCGCGUCCGAGCCCAUUGCUCCGGCGCCCGAAGAAGAGAGUUCACUUGUUCCGGCGACCAUCUCCGUCACCGUCGCGUCCUCUCGCCGCUAUUGCCGGAGGCAGAAGAAAGCGGGCGCGGCGGAUUGGAGGCCGUCGCUCGGAUCAAUCUCGGAGGACAGCGUCGUGCCACCGAGGGAGAGUCCCCGGAGCGGUGCGGUGGCCUCCGCCGGGAGAGAUGGGAAGAAGAGGAGUGCCUCCGCUGCCGGCGGUGGCGCGAAGAUUCGGUACCGUAGUUACAGCGACGGUUAUUACGGGGCAUCUGCGAUGUCAACAGGUAUGCCAGCAUUUUCUCCGGCACCAUUUAUGUUUUAAUUAAAACAUUAGCGUUGAAUCUAUAAAAGUAAAUGUGUGUGUAUAUAUAUAUAUAUAUAUACCGACCAUUUGGAUUGAGGUU